AGUCAGGAGAUCGAAAAGGAAUAUAACCUAAAAAUUUAAUAUAAGUUUCUUUGUUAUUGUUUAAUACUUAUUUAAAAUGACUACCAAAAGACCAAUAUCAUGGUUUUUAACAGAUCAAGGAAGAGCUUUUUCAUUCGCUUUUGUUACUGGGGCCGGAAUAGCAGCGACGACUGCAAGAUUUGCGCCGCAUACAUUCUUCAUUGAAAAAUACAAGGAUUUCGUGCACAAUUACCAUAAUGGCAAACCUGUGGACCUCCCUCUAGAACUUAAGAACCGGUACAACAAAUGUCUGGAAAUACUUAAGGUUCCUGAGCAUCAGAAAAAGUUAUACUCACCAUUUAGCGUAUUUGGAUUUGAUCUAUUUAGUGCAGGAAGUUGGUAUACUCGCAAUGGUGCUAUUGUUGGAAUCCCAGUGCACUUUACAUAUAAAACACUGAAUGAUAUUAAAGAACAGGAUAUCAAGGUCAAUCAGAAAAAAGUUGAUUGGGAAUCUGAGGCUGGUAUGAAGUUGGCAGACUCAAUAUUGUUGCCUGAAAAAGUUCAAGAGUUUGCUAUCUGUAGGGAAAUACUAAGUACUCAGAAUAUAAAGCUUUAUUUGCAAUCAACUUACCCUUUUGUCUGUAUGUUUUUUGGAUACAAUGUGGCACAGAAAGCGAACAAACGGCUGAAUCUUUACAGUCUGCCUGCAAGUGCUAGAUGUGUGAUGUACUCACUAGUGGCUUCAUUCAGUAUGGGAUUGUAUUUCCUACUCCAUGACUACACUGAAGUCUACUAUGAGACAGUAGUAGAUAAGAAGCUAUGUGAAGUCAAUCCUGAAUUUGUUGAGUGUGGUGUUACAUUCUAUGAUAAGAUGUUAAAAAGAAAUCAAGCCCUAAGAGAACUUAUGGGAAAAGAAGGGGAGUCAAAAUACACUAAAUUCGGCAAUGAGAACUUUGGCGUACGCCAGCCGAGAAUUGCAUUAGUUCAUAGAAAACAAUUCUUUCAAAAUCAGCUAGAACAGAAGGAAGGAGAAGAUGGAAAAGAAGAAACAUAGAAUUUUAGAGAUUAUUUAUAAGUGUAAGUUGAUGUAGUGUUGUAGCCGUUGUAGGUGUUUUAAUUAAAUAUUAUUUAUCAA